CUGGCUCGACAGCGGCCAUCGGGUCACCAGGUAUGACAGCAGGGCACUGGGUCACCAGGCAUCAGCAGGCACCGGGUCAUCUGGCGCUGGAUCGUCUGGCUCGACAGCGGGCAUCGGGUCACCAGGCAUCAGCAGGCACCGGGUCAUCUGGCGCUGGAUCGUCUGGCUCGACAGCGGGCAUCGGAUCACCAGGCAUGACCGCGGGCACUGGGUCAUCAGACAUUGGAUUGUCUGGCUCGACAGCGGGCAUCAGGUCACCAGGUAUGACAGCGGGCACCGGGUCAUCAGGUACCGGAUCGUCUGGAUCAACAGCGGGCAUCGAGUCAACUGGCCUAAUAGGAUCAUCAGGCUGGAUCAGUUCAUCAGGCUGGACAUCAGGCUGGGUACAGACAUCA